GUCGGCGUGCUGCUUUGGCGCCAGCAGAUUUCGCGGGGUAAGACGCCGCGGUGGCUCAGCACCAGACGGAACCAGAGCUUCCGGAUCCUUCCCGCCGUUCCCGGCCCGGUCGAAGCAGGAGGAGGAGGCCGCAGCAGCCCCAGCGAGGCGCGUGUCUCCGGGGGGUCGGAGCGCGCGAGGCGGUGAGGGCUUGAUAGAGGGAGGUGAGCAAUAAUGAUGGCGGCUGCAGGGCCCCCCAGCACUUCCGGCUUCCUCCCGUUGCUGGAGACUCUGGAGGACGAUGCUGCUGGAGAGGCUGAACAAAUCGAUGCCUACCUCACCAUAGCCAAUCGGCUGAGUGGAGAUGACGGACGCCACUUCCUCCUGGAAGUUGAGAAGCAUUUUCCUCGUCUGGGAAAAGUGUUUUUGGUUCACAUUGGCAGUGCAAGCAAGGAGCUGUCCCACGCCGCCCUGCAGGCUCUGGGGUUCUGCAUGUUCUACUCCCAGGUGGCGUUGUGCGUCUCCGACGUUUUGGCCGCAGAAAUCCUGUCAGCACUCUGCUCCCUGAUCUCAAAGACCACAAAGAAAAACACCUGCACCAGAGCAUUAUGGGUCAUCUCCAAACAGAGCUUUCCUGCAGACGUGGUCGGCAAAAACGUGCCCAUGGUGCUGAGUUCUCUGGAGAGCAUAUGGAACCGCUCCACCGUCCCGUCUGUGGUGAUGGAGCACGAAGCCAUCAACGUCAUCAUCAAGCUGCUGGAGCAAGUGCCGACCCAGAUGGGGGAGGGGGCGGUGCGCUGGGCGAAGCUGGUCAUACCGCUGGUGGUGCACUCGGCCUCCAAGGUGCGUCUGCGAGCGGCUGCUGCCAUGGAGAUGGGCCUGCCCAUGCUGCUGACCCAGCAGGCGGACGUGGCCGCAGCCAUCGAGCCCGUCAUGGCUUCGAAAUUGAUUCCAGAACUUCAGAAGCUUUUCAUGUCUAAAAACGAGACCAACGUGCUGAAGCUCUGGCCUCUGUUCGUCAAGCUGCUGGGAAAGCUGCUGCACAGAGGCGGCCCCUUCAUCAACUCUCUGCUGCAUCUGGAGGAGCUGGGCUUCCGGAGCUCCUCCCCCACCGUCAAGAAGAUCGCCUUCAUCGCUUGGAAAAGCCUCAUCGAUAACUUUGCCCUGAAUCCAGAGAUCCUGUGCAGCUCCAAGCGCAUGAAGCUGCUGCUGCAGCCGUUCCUGUCCAUCCACGUGAGGACCGAAGCGCUGCUCCUCACCAAGGUGGAGGUCUGGUGGUACCUGGUGGUGCAGCUUGGACCUAACCUGUCGUCCCAAUUCGACCAGGUGUCGGUGCCUCUGCUCCAAUCGAUGUUCGGAUCCUGCUCCUCCUCCGGCCCUGGUACUCCUCCCAGUUCAGGCCAUAAUGGAUCUUCUGUUCCUGGCACGCCCAAGUCAGGAAACUCCACCUUCACCAGCCUGGCCAUCACCCCCCGGAUGAGUCUGGGCUCCAGCAUGCCGGCUGCCUCCACCUUUCCCUCCAUCCAGCUGCUGGGCCUGGAGAUGCUGCUGCACUACCUGGUGGGCCCGGAGGUUGUUGCAUGUGCAGCGAAGAACAAACUGGUCCUGAGUCUGGAGCCGCUGACCCACUCCCUCCUGGCUGGAGCCUCGUCCUUCACCAAACACGCCGCUGUGCUCGUCUCCACCAUCACAGUUGGCUUCACCAGCAUCGGCAAAGACGCUCCAGAGUCCCUGUUGGCCAUCAUCUGGACCCGCCUGGUUCGGUUUGUCAGCAUGACCAUAGAGUCUAGCAGUAAGAAGGAGCGUCAGGGCGGUGAAGUUCUCACAUCCAUGCUUCAGGCGCUGCAGAGCAUCGCAGAGACUCUGCCUGCAGACAGACUGCUGGUUCUGCUGGAGCGCACUGUGAAGAACAUCCCUCCCAGAGUCCUCGGCUCCACCUCCUACCAAGUUGGGAAGAUGGAUGUUUUGAAUGGCACGCCGGCGUUGUUCCUCAUCCUCCUCGUCUUCGACAGCAGCAAUCUUCCCGCCUUUGUGGAGGAUGAGAGAUUCCUCGUCUGCCUCCAGACUUUGAUCACCUGUGGCCUGUCUGGCCCCACCUCCCCGCUGGCGUUCGUGGAGGCCGUGCUGGGGGCCAUCAGCCGCAGCACGUCGUCUGUGCUGAAGAAGGAGCAGCAGUGGAGGCUGUGGAGCAGCUUGGUGGGCCUGCUGACGGACACCAUAACACAGUCCAAUGAAGUCAACCAAGGUGACGCUCUGGAGCACAACUUCAGUGCCAUCCAUUCAGCUCUGAUGUUCCCCAUCACCCACCUGCUGGGCGGAGCUUCACUCCCACAGGCGGCCCAGAAGUCCAUGCUGUCCUCGUGGUCCAAGCUGUACAAGGUGUUCGCCCGCUGCUCCGCCUUGGUGGUGACGGCCGAGGAGAACAUCUGCUGUGAGGAGCUCUGCUCCAAGAUGGCAGCCGCCGUGGACAGAGAGGCUCUGAAGGUUCCUUCAACGCUGAACGCCAUAGCCAGCAUCCUGCACGUGAUGGUGGAGUGCGUGGACUUCUCUCCGUACACUCCUCAGUUCCAGCAGAAGCUCAAGUCUCCUCACACGCCGAUGAACUGGGCGCGGAAGCAGAGCAAAGCUCUGGGGAACUUGUCCUCCUUCCAGGUUCUGCUGGUGCAGUGUCUGCAUGCUCACCUGGAGGCGGUGGAGGAGUCCUCUGAGGCCACAGGCUCCACCCUGCUCUCCAUCCUGUCCGUGCUCUUCACCAACCUGGCCCUCACCAGCGCCAUCAAGGAGGCGCUAACCUCCGUGCUCCAACCGCUGGUGCUCCUCUACGAGCAAGCGUCCGGGUUCCCGACGCAGCUCCUGGAGAAGGUGGGCUCUCCGUCACUGUGGGCGGAUGACACAUUAGUGGCUGGAGCCUUAAAGGUUUCUGUCCUGCAGCUGGAGAAGCUCCUGGGCGACGUGUUGGGGUGUCUGCAGACUCACUGCGCUCUGGCGUACGACAGCGAGCUGCUGGCUCAGCUCACGCCUCUGCUGUGUGUGCUGUUCCUUCACAAGAACAAGCACCUGCGCACCGCCGUCACACACUUCUGGAACGCCACUUUUGCCAACUCGGUCAGCCUGACGUACCCUGAAGAGAUCAGGCCUGUCCUGAGCCAGGUGAAGAAGAAGACUCCCAUCAUCCUCCCUGGCUUUGAGGCGGUGACUGUUCCCGAUGAGCUCAGCGAACAGUUUUCUAGCGAGAGUUCCCAGCUGGAGACCAAGCUGAGCGGGAUCCCGGUCUCCUCUGCAGGGAAGAGAGAUUCCAUGCUGGGAAAAGCUUCUGAGCUGAAGGACAGGAGCUCCAGGAAACCCAACAAACCAGUUUCUACAAAGCUGGACUUUGACUCCCCGCGAAGCCGGAACGUUCUUGAAGAAGAGGCCUCCACCGACUUUGUCUUCAUUCCUCCUGAGACAAAAGAGCGAGUUCUGACGGAGCAUCAGAAAGAGAUGAAGCGGACCAGAAGGGUGGAUAUUCCUGUCAUGUACAACAACCUGGAUGCUUCUCUGGACACUACAGUGUUCAGCCAGUACACCCAGAGCCAAGAAGACCCGGACAAAGCAGCAGCUAAGCAGAAUGUCGGAGGGACAGAAGAAACUCCAGAUGAAAUUCCUCCUAAGAAUGAAGAAGACAAAGACGUUCUGAUGCAGGAGCUCCAGGAGCGAGACAGCACUGCUGACACAGAGACCACAGGAAGCCCUGCUCAGAUCCUCCAGGACUCUGAGAAGGUUGAGGAGGCCACAGACAAUGUAGAGUCUAAGAAUGACACAAGUCCCAACGUCUCCUCGUCUUCAGAUCUGGUGUUGGGGACUCCACAGAAGCUCAGCAGUCGACGUCAGUCCUUCAUCACUCUGGAGAAGUACAGCGAUGGCAAACCAGCCAGCCCCAGCAGUAGCUCCUCGUUUCCUGGCCCUCAUGUCUCCUGCAGCAGCCAGAAGGCUUCCUCUGAAGCUUCCGCUUGUCUGGGCUCACAGGAUUCUGACCCGAAACCAAGUCCGCCAGACCCAGAAUCCCCCCGCAGACCUAAGGACUGCAGGGCCAAAGCGGAGCCUGUGCGGCUGAUUGAACGACUGCCGGAAGACUCCAGUGAGGAUGCCGGGGUGAUUCCUGACAUGCAGAAUGAAAAGGAGAGCGGGGAUUUGAUCCCAAAAGAAACCAAUAUGAAGGAAGAACCAAUGUCGGAGGAUUCACCGACCCAGACAUCCACAGAGCAACCCAGGAGGUCUGGACGCCAGAGAAUAAGGCCCCAGCUUCCCGGAGAAGACCCGGAGGAGCGGGAGGCAAAGUUCUCCCAUUCCAAACGCAGACGUUCUAGAGAAGAAACCAAAAGUGAGUCACCAAGCAGAUCUGAAGCAAGAACCAAACCGGCUGCUGAGGAGAGCAGCGGCGCCGAAGGGCCUCCGAUCAAAUCUAGCAGAGACUCUGCAGAGUUGAGCCAGAGCACCCCCAAGGGGAAGAUGGGCAAUGUCACCAAAACCUUCAGCUUUGUGGAUGUCUUCUUAGAAAAACCAGAGCCCAAGAAGAAAAGGACCAGUGAGCCCCAGUCCAGCCGGACCCAGAAUGACUCACUCAACUCCAGUCCAGAAGCUGAAAUAAGCCAGGAAAGUCCUGACCACACCGCUGCAGAUCUACACGAUGGAGUAAAUGAUCAACUGAGCAGAACUGCUGCUCCUCAGACCGACGUUGAGCCACAGGGGAUGAGGCCGGAACACCAGGAUGAAGAACUAGAGCCUGCUGAGGCAUCGGAGACGAACGAACCUUCAUCAAACAUUGAAAGACAUUCCCAGGAGGAGGAAGAGGAGGGCUCUGAGAUCUGUUCUAGACUGAAAGACAAUGAAACAGAACACCAGAUACAGAGUGAGAACAUGAUCACAGGAGAGGGAGGGUCUGAGGACAGCCUCGGUCAGGACAGGCCUCCGGUAACACCUUCAUCUGAUAGUCAGAUGGUAACACCUUCACCUGAUAGUCAGACGGUAACACCUUCACCUGAUAGUCUGCCGGUAACACCUUCACCUGAUAGUCAGACGGUAACACCUUCACCUGAUAGUCAGACGGUAACACCUUCACCUGAUAGUCAGUCAAGACUUGUGAGGAAAUCCAGAAGAAGUGAUCCACUGUCAGAGACUGGGGAGUUUCAGGAUAACAGUCAACAUAUGGAGUCUGUUGGACCACGGAGAAGGUCUCAGACCGCUUUAGCCAAGGAACUCGAGGCUGAAAGCAAAGGUGUCCGAACCAGAAGUAGAAAAACUCUACAGGAGCCUUUAAAAAGUAGUCCCAAGUCGACCCCAAAGAGUUCUCAGUCUCUAGAUCUUUCUGGAAGCGACACUUCUCAGGAUUUGCGAAGAAGAUCCGCACUAAAAACGGGAGUCACUUCAGAGUCCCCAAAAUCUGCAUCCUCUGAGGGACAGAGAACUACCUCACUGGGGCCCCAAAGAAGAGGGAGGAAGCCUAAAGUCUCUCGGUCUUCUGCCUUGGAAUCCCAGGAGAGUAGGAGUGAUGUAGAAAUGACUGAGAGUCAAGAAGGAAAAGCCCAGGUAGCAGAAGCGGCAGAAACCCAAAAUCUACAAGAACCUCAAAGAGAAGAAGAGUCCUCAACAAAGACGGAGACUUGUGAGGUUGUUGGCUCAGCCUCUGGUGCUAAGACAGCAGGGGACGGCAUGGUGCCAAGCUCUGAGCCUGAAGACCAGCACGCUCUGGAGUCCGCUGGGCUCGCCACUCCUCUGAUCCAGGACCCAGACUUGAGUGCUGAUGAUGGCGUGUUGGUCCCUCAAGAGACAGAAGAAAGACUGGAUGUGCCAGAGUCAUCAGAGAUGUCUAAGGAAGUGUCGGAAAACACGUCAAUGGACUUCAGUACAGAUCACCAGGAGUCUUCAGGUCAGGAGCAUCCACAGGAGCCACCGGCCCCCCUCCCAGAGUGUGGGGCAGAGUCUGUCUCAGAUGCAGGAACAGAGCUUGGAGUUGCACCUGUGCAGGACAGUAAUCCAGACGGGCAGACUUUAAAGGGGGAUGCAGAGGCUUCACAGGUCAGCGUCUCCAAACAGACGGAGAUGGUUCUGCUCGACACUGACGGGGCGGGGCAGGAGUCCCCAAUGAGGCUCAAGUGCCAAGCGACGGAGCCAGACAUUGGCCAAAGUCCCAGAGGUGCCUGGUCUCCGUCAGCCUCACCCUCCACCAGUAUCCUCAAGAAAGCCCAGAAGCGAUCCCUGGAAGUAGAGACUCCCUCUCCUCUUGUCAAGUCCAGGAGAGUGUCCUUUGCUAACCCAAUCCAGCAGCAGGAGACCGCAGAUGACAUUGACCGCCGUAGUCUGGCUGUCGGCACCAACUCCCCCAGAAGGUCCAAGGGCAACACCACCUCACAGUCAAAGCUCGUGACAACUCCAACCAAAGGCUUACAGGUGCUGAGUCCCAGAAAUCUGCACAGUCCGGGGUACAAGAGCUCCAAGAAGUGUCUGAUCUCAGAGAUGGGUCAGGAGCCUGGAGCCGUGUCCAGAGACUGCAUCUAUCCCGCCCUGGUUGGCUGCUCCGCUCCUGUGGAGGCGGUGCUCUCCCAGAUCUCCUCCACCAUGUGGUCUCGAGGGUUUGGACAGCUCGUUCGCGCGAGGAACAUCAAAACCGUGGGUGACAUCAGCGCCCUGACACCUGCCGAGAUUAAGACGCUGCCCAUCCGUUCCCCGAAGAUCUCCAACGUCAAGAAGGCCCUGAAGGUCUUUGAGCAGCAGCGGAGAGGACGAGGAGCCGAGCUGAAGGGCUUUGAUGAGACGGAGAGGAUGACCUCGGAGCUGGAGGAGCCCGACAAAGAGGAGACGACCUCAGCACCGCUCGCCACAGAGCCGGUGGUCCAGCCAGUCUCCUCAGACGUUCCCCCCGAGCUGGACGCCACGGCGCUGGAGGGGAACCGGGACCCCGCACAGGGGCUGCUGGGGGAGCUGGAAGCCCUGAGUUCCAGGAUGACGCCGAUGGAGCUGAGCGGUUUCUCGCCGCAGCAGCUGAUGGACAUGCACGCUCACCUGGGAGGCAUGAUGAGGAGCGUGGUGGUGGAGAUGCAGACCCGCCUCCAAAAACUGUGAUGCCGCCACCGCUGCGGGAUGUAGGGGUUUAAAGCCUUUGACUGGAUUCCAUUUAGUUUUGGAUCAGAUCAUCUACUCUCCAGUGGUGUUUGUCCACAAACAUUUUUACCAUUCUGACUCCAUAAGGAGAAUACUUGUUUUUUUUCUGCUGAUCACCAGAGUGUUGUAUAUUUUGUUGUUUUUCUUAGUUUCUCAGUUUUUAACUCAUUUUAUUCAAAUUUCCAAAAGGAUUUUUAUCUCAAUGAAAUUGUUUACAUGCAGAUUAAAUGCUUAAAUAAAAGAGGGAGUGAUGGAGAAGUUUGUUUCUCUUCCAACUCAAGUGUG